AGUAUUAUUGUUAUGAAUAUUAUUAGUGGAUGUCCUGACCCAUGUAAUUGGUCCAUUAUGUUUGCCUAUAUAUAGAUACUAUGUAUCACUAUAUUGUAACCCUAACCCUAAUCCUAUUGGUGAAUAACAUACACUAUUAUUUCUCUCUUUUCUCUCUUCUCAAUCUAUACUAUUGCUCCUAUUUACAUUAGUUUAUAACAAUUAUUAUUAUAUUAUAAGAAAAAGAAAAUUCCUCUCCAUCCCGUCUCGAUUCCCAACCCACCCGUCAAAAACUCCUCUCCUUCUCUCUGUAAAAAUGGUAGGUAUCCCACACAGCUUCACAGUUCCUAACAUCGCCUCUGAAAACGAUUCCGAUUUCAUCGCUAAUUUAGGAAUCGGACCCUCCUCCUCCUCCUCCUCAACCCUAACCCUAACCCUAGACACCCUUGCCGAAGUCGAGAAGGUGAAAGAGGAAGAUAAGAAUGCUGCUCCUGAACGAUCCACCGGAAAGGGUUUCGAGGAAAUGUCUCGAGAGAAAAUGAGAAUCAGAAUCCUAUUCAAUGAGAUUCAAGAGAUGGAGAAGGAGAAGAAUAGGCAAAUAGCCAAGAUAGAAAAGCAAGAGGCUGUUCCCCAAAAGGCUAUCCCCGACCGUCAUGAAGCCUUCAUUUCCAGUUUGGAGGAACUGUCUCGAGAGAAAAUGAGAAUCCGAAUCCUAUUCAAGGAGAUUCAAGAGAAGGAGAAGGAGAAGAAUAGGCAAAUAGCCAAGAUAGAAAAGCAAGAGGCUGUUCCCCAAAAGCGUGAGAAGUUGCUCGGCUUAACCACCAUCUCCGAGAAUGACACCUUGCAUUCAAACGCCGUUAGCCCAAGAGCAAGUUUCCCUCCAUCAGGAGUGAAGAUUUCACCUAUGCUUGAUCAUCGAUGGUACAAUGACGCCAGUUUUGUUCGCUUCCCAUUAUCCUCAUCGAGCAGUUUAAUCAUUCAGGGAGGAGAUGUUUCAGAUUGGUUCAUCGAUGGUUCCACUGAUGCAAUUGUUUGUCCUACAUAUCUGAGAAUGCCUGAAGGUGGUGGUGGUGCAAAUGGAGCUAUACAUAGGGCUGCUGGUCCAGAUCUUGCUAGAGCCUGCCAGGAUGUACUAGAAGGUAGGCCCGGAGUUCGCUGCCCAACUGGGGAAGCAUGGAUCACACCAGGUUUCUUGCUGCCUGCUUCUCAUGUUAUUCAUUGCCCAACCUACAAUGGUGAUAUUCAUCCUGCUGCCUCUCUGGCAAGUGCUUACAGGAAUAGUUUAAGGGUUGCAAAAGACAACAACAUUCAGUAUAUAGCAUUUCCAGCCAUAUUAUUUGAUGCCUACGGAUAUCCUUACGAGGAAGCUGUUGCUGUAGCAAUUUCUACCAUCAGAGAGUUCCAAAAUGACUUUAAAGAGGUCCACUUUGUUCACUUGAAGAUAGAUACUUAUGAAAUUUGGGUAAUUAAGUUAUAUGAAUUGAUGAAGCUGCUGAAUAUUAGUGUCCCCUUAAAAGUGAAAAUGAUGAUUGAGAUGAUCCAAAAGAACAAAAGUUUGGUUGAUUGAAAUAGCCAAUGGCUACUGCUACAGUACUGACAUUAAUAUUAUUAUUGGUAUCAAAUGUUGUGUAAAUAUGGUCUUAAUUUGAGACUCACAUCCUUUUGUUACUCACAUCCUUUUGUUUACUUGUUCACUUGGAGGAUACUUAUGAAAUUUGGUUAAUUAAGUCAAAUGAGCGACACGACCGUGGUUCUAAUGUAAUCCAUCUGAAAAAUGGUUGCUGCUGCAAUUAUUUUGUUUGAAAAAUGGAGCUUUAUUGUGGUUUUUGCUCUUUA